GAUGAGUCCUGUCCCGGGCGCGAAAAUCAGGGUGUUUCUUCCCUCGCCUUGCCUCCCCAGUUGCAAAAAUAAUGCUGGGUCUUGCUCUCCAUUGACUUGGUGUUUUGCUUUUUCAUAGCGUCGAUUGGUAAUAUCAUGCUACCACGGUCCCUCAAUUCUCCAUCCCCUUUCACCGUCCCGACAGCCUCUUGUUUCAAGUUCCUGGCUCCAACUCUUUUUUUUUCCACGCCGCAUCGAGGUCCCCAGUCUUGUAGUGUACACUACCAACGCCCUCCCUGCGCCCUGAGACCGAGGAUAUACAUACAUACAUAUCCUACUGCAGAGGGUUACCCAAGUACCGCCCGCGCGCAACAUCCCGUCAUCCUGGCACCCUCGUAGCGUGACCAUCCGACCUUCAACUCAACAACUCCCGGGCCUGAGACACUUUUGCCGGAUUCACCAGUCAGACUGAUUGAUUUUGUUGCUUAACCUUUUCCACGUCUUAUCAACGAGCACACGACUCUCUCGACUAUUACCACCCAAUCUCGAGCCAUUACCAUAGUAUCCUCAUCACCGCCACCUCGGCUUACGGCGCGACACUGCCACACGCACAAAGACCAACAACGGCACACUGAGUGAACGCCCGGUCCUCCCUUCGGCCGUUCCGGCACCGCGGCUUCCUUCUUUCUUGGGUCAAGCGGUUUGCUAUCAUAACCAACACUUGCUGAGCCGCCCGGACAAGGAACGGACUAUUUUUUUUUUUUUUACGACAAAGACCCAGACCAACGCAACGACCAACCCUGGGCCUUGUCGUACUGAUAUUGCACAUCUUGCAAAACACACCGGCAACAGCAACAACACAGAGCAGCGAGCGUUGUGCAGGUCGGGAUUACGAUUCCGCAAAUUACUGUACCACCCAAACAGCUCACCACUACCCGAUAUCACGGACGGUUGAUUGCGCCCAGCAGCCAUAGAAGCGCGGAGAUAGCGGGCGUGCUCAUGAUCAGAGAGGUACAGGCCCCCAGCAACGUAUUCGACAGCGACGUCAGCCGUACUCGUCAUCUUCUCGUGGAUCCAUCUACUACACCCCUACCACAGGUCGCAACGGGCGCAACGCUUCAGCAUCCCCAACAAUCCCUUCUUUUCCCAGUCCCUUGAUAGGGCCUCGUCAACGCCGCCCACACUCAAUUCACAUUGUAGCAUAUCCCCCCGGUUUUAUUCCGCACGAGCUACGACCUGACCCCCUUGCCGAAAAGGUCCGGAAGCGAAAGGAGCACAAGGACAGGAAAGCGAGGAAAAAGGCGGAGAAGAAGCACAACAAGCGUCGAAAAAUCGAGGAGAAAGCUCGACGGAGAAGAUCCGAGCAGCUUCCACCCGUUCGUUUACUACCCCCGGCCGGGGAGGCGGUCCACAAAGUCAUAGACAAGGUCUUGUCUGUCUUCUCCAUCAAGGCAAGGAAAUCACCAAAAUCAUCCACGCUGGCGUCCCAAACCACCGAUACCGCCCCCAGGACGAGGAGAUCGAGGGCGUCGAGUUUGAUCGGGCACCUUCGCAGAUCCAAAUACGAGCCAACAGUACGUCCGGAGCCCACAGUCGACCAGUCCGCCAUGACUGCCGUCGCUCCUACACCCGCAUCUCCCAUGGUGCUGCUACCCAACAACCGGAAUAGCGUCAUGUCUGCUUGCACUUGCAAGUCGGCAAGUUCAUCAAUCACCGAAGUCCAGAAGCCUGUUGCAUCCGGAAGCGGUGUAACAUGUUCGAUAGUGUUGGCGGAGCCCAAUGUCUUCUUGACUGGGUUCGACCAUAAUGACCGUGCCCGGGAAGAAAGUCACGGCGCAUCCGCUUUACUCCGCGGAAAACUCCAGCUGAACGUGUCAAAGAACGUUAAGCUCAAGUCUGUGACAUUAAAGCUCGUAGGUAAAGCGAGGACAGAAUGGCCAGAAGGAAUUCCACCCAACAAGACAGAAACAUAUGAGGAGCAGGUCCUGCGAACACAGUCGUUGGUCUUCUUCCAGGCAAUUCAUGGCGGGCAGUGGGAGACGGAAUAUGGAAACCAGUGCACAUACUCGCUCAAGGGAAGUGGGUGCAGCCACAACCCUCGGAGCUCUCUGUCCUCCAACUUCUCCAACGGCUCCUUCUCCCACCUUACCGGCAAGAGCCGGCACUCAACCAGCCUGACUGCCAAGGAGCUCAAGAGGCUCUCGCUUAAUUCUGUCAACUCUCGGAGUUUUGGUAAAGGCGACUCUCCCUUUGCAAACCAGAUCUAUGCAAAGGGGUACAAGGUGUUCCAGCCUGGCACAUACGAGUACACGUUUGAGCUGCCCAUUGACCAUCACCAGUUGGAGACCACCAAGCUGCAGUACGGAUCUGUCAAGUGGGAGUUGGAAGCAAUGGUAGAGCGUGCGGGUGCCUUCAAGCCCAAUCUUCACGGCACCAAGGAGGUGUCCAUCGUUCGUUUGCCGGAUUCCAUGUCGCUUGAAAUGUCAGAACCCAUUUCUAUUAGCAGGCAAUGGGAAGAUCAGCUGCACUACGACAUCAUGAUCUCUGGCAAGAGCUUUCCCCUUGGCGCCAAGAUCCCCAUUGCCUUCAAGCUCACCCCGCUGGCCAAGGUUCAAGUACACAAGCUUAAGGUGUUUGUGACGGAGAACAUUGAGUAUUGGACCAACGACAGGCACGUAACCCGCAAGGAUGCUGGGAGAAAGAUCUUGUUGCUCGAAAAAUCUGCUGGGAAACCUCUUGACAAGCAGUAUGAAUCCAGCGACUUCCGCAUACUGAGCGGUGGUGAACUAAGCCCUGAGCAACGAGAAGAGGCCAGGCGGUCCGCGGCAGCGCGAAGGAUGGUGCAAGCAGCCAGGACAAACGCGCCACUGCCACCGUUGCCGAACCAGACUGAGAACUUGCUGGGUGAUCUGGAUCUUGGCUUGGAGACCUUCUGGGGCAGUACCGAGCUUGAGAUGAAUGUACAAAUCCCCACAUGCGCCAUGAUGAACCGGGAUAAGAACCUCCGGCUUCACCCAGACUGCAGUUGGAAGAAUGUCAAUGUGUUUCACUGGAUCAAGAUUGUCAUGAGGAUAUCUCGACUGGAUCCUGAAGACCCCUUGGGCAAGCGUAGACGCCAUUUCGAAAUCAGCAUUGACAGCCCGUUUACUGUACUGAACUGUCGCGCGACGCAGGCAAAUACCGCACUUCCUCAAUACGGUUCAGAUGGAUCCAUGCCCUUCGAGCGUCAACAGACAUCCUGUGGUUGUCCUGAUGCCGAUGUCGUGGACAGGAGUGCAUCCAGCCCGCUUGGACAGUUGCAGCUCGUGGAGCAAGAUGUCCUGAGCCCUAGUGGCAGUCGACUGGGCCUCAACAGGCUCAGCGCAUCGGUCUUACCUUCAAUCCCUCAAGCCGCUCAUGUCCAUGAUUCACGGGAGUCUGGUGGCUUGCCUGUGAACCGAGCCCGGGGCCACACGCUACCGAGCCCUCUCGAACGGCAACGGCCCAUGCACCUUAUCCGCUGCCCAUCAUACAACCCACCGGCAUUUGAUGCUGACGAGCCCCCGCCGCCGCUUCAAGCCGAUUUGAUGACGCCGCCGCCCCAAUACGACGCCAUCAUUGGUACGCCUAGUGUUGACGGCCUGGCAGACUAUUUUGCCAGGCUUGCAGACUAUGAGGACACCGGGCGACCACAGAUGGGUGACCGAAGCGGCAGCCAGGAGAGUGUUGCCACAGUGAGAGGCAUCCCUAGGCCGACCAGCGGAAACGAAGGCUUCUUUGACUCCAAUGAAGUGGUAACUGGCUCUGAUUUGCCAGCCAACAAAGACUACGAGGAUGACUCGUCAGGAAGCGCGGACGAAGAAGAGGGACCGGUAAGGCCGCAUCGUCGUGGCCGAGUCAAUGUUGCCAACCCAAGGACACCAGGCGGCAGGCUCAUUCCGAGUCGGAGCUUGGAGAUUGAUCGCCCUGUGAUGCGACUCGACAUGGGCUCUCUGAAUAGUAGGAGGAGAUGACUAUGAUGAUGACUUUUAAUGACUCGAUGUGUGUGUACGGGCACAGAAGUUGGUGUAUAACAAGACGGUUGAGCAUUUUGCAUUGGCUGGGCUGGGUCAUUGAUAGACGGUGUUUACUUAACCCACUGAAGCAUUGUCUGUCUGGAAACACGCAUAGAGACCAAGAAUGAGGACGGAAGGGAAUGGUGGCAAUGUCAACGAUGGCAUGAUAACGCAUUAAAGACCAGGGCAUGAGGCGGCUACGGUGGUUUGAUAUAUCCAUUUACGAAUGGCGUUUGGGAAGGGAUGGUGAAGUGUACAAGAGCAAAGGGAAAUCAACUUGAUAGCAUGGACACGAUAAUGUUCUUCUUUGUCUGUUCUUCAUAAAAUGUUACUAAACUGUGUGGGCUUUGCAAAGAAAGUGGUGUACUGGGCUGUGCAGGAUGGACGAGAUAUGUGGUUGACAUUUGUAUGGCGAGAGCUGACUGAGGGAGGAGGAGCAGAGCACAGGGUAUCAUGGUUGUAAGUUGUUGGUUGGUUGGCCGUAAUUACCUACUUGGUAAAAGAAAAGGAGAGUGUAGAAAGAGUACUCUUGAUGUAUCUUAAAUGGUGA